CAAACUCCAACUCCCAAGAAUCAGUCCACCCACCACUUCUUCCCUCAUUUCUUUCUUUCUCUAGCUGCCCUCUUAUUGUUCUUCAUGCCCUUCUUUCUUUUCUUUUUCUUUUUUCUCUAGCUCCAAACAUAUUUGCUAUCUUUCUGCACUACUUUCCGUUAUGAUGGUGGAUGCGACGCCUCUUUUUCCAUUGAUGUUUUCUCUUAUUCUUCUUUACCUCAGCAUUGCAAAUGGGGUUCAUUGUUAUGGAGAGAAGAAGGCCUUCAGCCUGCAAAGACUUCAAUGGAAUAUUCAGCCAAGUGGCCAUUCACUAAGUUGCCUCUCCGGGAAAUCAAGGAGGGAGAAUGGUGCAACUGUAUUGGAAAUGAAACACCGAGACUACUGCUCAGGAAAGAUCGUCGACUGGAGUAAGAAGCUGCAGAAACGCCUAAUAUUGGACAAUUUUCACGUCCAGUCACUGCAGUCCCGGAUAGGAAACAUGGCAUUCGGCGCCGAAGAUGCGAUGAAAGCUCGAAUGCCAUUAACUUCUGGUAUAAACCUUCACACUUUAAACUACAUCGUAACCAUCGAAUUGGGAGGCCAAAACAUGACAGUGAUUGUAGACACUGGAAGCGAUUUGACGUGGGUUCAAUGCCAGCCAUGCAAAUCAUGUUAUAAUCAGAAACAAUCUCUCUUCAACCCUUCUGCAUCCCAUUCAUACCAAUCAGUUUUGUGCAAUACAUCAGCUUGUCGUUCUCUUCAAUAUGGGUCUUGGAAUUCACCCUUAUGUGGGACCAAACAACCGAUCUGCAACUAUGUCGUUAACUAUGGAGAUGGGUCCUACACCAGGGGCGAGCUAGCGCGGGAGCACCUUAGCCUUGGAAAAGCUCCGGUGAAAGAUUUUUUGUUUGGCUGUGGUAGAGAUAACAAAGGUCUUUUUGGGGGAGCUUCAGGCCUCAUGGGUCUGGGAAGGAGUACUGUUUCAGUGAUCUCUCAAAGUACUGCCUUAUUUGGGGGAGUUUUCUCUUACUGUCUCCCUUCCACUGAAGCCGGGGCUUCUGGUUCUUUGGUUAUGGGUGGGGAUUCUUCAUUAUUCAAGAAUUCCACUCCCUUCUCGUACACCAAAAUGGUUCCGAAUCCGCAACUGUCCAACUUUUAUUUUCUCAACCUCACUGGCAUAAGUGUUGGUGGGGUGGCUGUACAAGCUCCAAGUUUUGCUAAGGGUGGAGUUUUGAUCGAUUCUGGGACUAUUAUUACAAGGCUUGCUCCGUCAGUUUACAAGGCAGUGAAAGCAGAGUUUCUGAAACAAUUUUCUGGGUUUCCUCCGGCACCUGGAUUUUCUAUUUUGGAUACUUGCUUUAACCUCAGUGGAUAUGAGGAAGUGGAUAUUCCUACACUAGAAUUUCACUUUGAGGGUAAUGCUGAGCUGAAUGUGGAUGUAACUGGCAUCUUUUAUCUCGUAAAAACUGAUGCGUCUCAGGUUUGUUUGGCUCUUGCAAGUCUCUCCAAUGAAGAUGAGAUCGGUAUUGUUGGGAAUUAUCAGCAGAAGAACCAAAGGAUUAUAUACGAUACUAAACAGUCUAAGCUGGGACUUGCAGGAGAAACUUGCAGUUUCAGAUGAACAGAAAAAUAUGAUAAAGGUGACUUGAUGUCAACACAAGCAGAGAUCAAGAGCCAUCAUCAUCAGCAUCAUAUAUAACAUAUAUAAAUAAUUAUGUUAUUCGAUGGAGAAAGGUGUGAACAUCUAAAUUCGUGGUUUUCAGACUCUCUUACGUGUAAUAAUGUUACUUCCAAAUGUGGAGAACUAGAAGAGUUUGAAUGGUAUAUUCAUUACUGUAAAAUUUCUUUCAAUAUAAGCUUUUGCUGAAGGUUUGUGAACAGUAGAAUAUAGCAACCUAUUUUAUGCUGUCUAUUGCUGCAGACAACGCAAAGCUGAGAGACUUUCAAAGUACAGCUACUCUUUGACCCUAGAGUUUCUCGAAACAUCACAAAAUUUUAAUCUUUCCCAACUCUUUUACAACAGAGGUUACAGAGCUUCAGCAGAAAACUCUUUGUGCAGGUAUUUCAAAGUAUAUUGAAAAGGAUCAUUUUUGUUUUUCUUCUGAAUAAACUGAAAGAAGCUUUUUGUCUUCAAGAAGUUCAAAAGAGGUUACACGUCAAUGUGGUGUGGUGCUACAUUAGAUCAACGAUUUUGUAGAACAAGAUGUUCUCUAAGAAUUUCGAAAACUCACAGAAAAUAAACAUGAACGUCCUCGCCCAUUGGAGUAAUUUCUUGAAUUUGGAGCUACUGUUGUUUCCAAUGAUGCAAAUAAUUAGAGAAACAGAAUCUGAUUUAAGCUGAUACCAAAGCUAGAGCUGAAUUGUCACUGGGAUUGGCUUAUGAUCUGAGCCCUGCAUAUCACAGUCCACCAAAAUUACCAUAUGCAUGGAUGCGUAGCACUUUCCAAUAAUGGUGCCUUUGGAAGCUUUUACCAAAAAAAAAAAAAAA